AUGCCCAACACCAGGCUGCUGCUCCUCCUCACCCUCCUCUACGCCACUGAGACGGGACGGGCUCUCCACCUCUACAACACCGCCUCCAUCUUCAGCUGCCUCAACGCGGCCCUUGCCGAAGCCCAGAAGAGCCGCCCAGAGGAAAAUGCCAUUUUGGAAAAGCGCGGCUUCGACUCCCCAUCGCCUGAGGUGGUGACUGAGGAGGAGGAAAGGGAGGAUGGGAUGGAUGAAGAGAUGGGGAAAAGGACGUUCCCGGGGGAAGGCCAUUACAAAUACGUCUCCCAAGCGCAGGUGAAGGGGAAGACCUACCAAAACCGCGCCAAGAGCGACCGCCGCACUAAGGUCACCCUCUCCCUUGAUGUCCCCACCAACAUCAUGAACAUCCUCUUCAACAUCGCCAAAGCCAAGAACUUGCGGGCAAAGGCCGCUGCCAACGCGCACCUCAUGGCUCAGAUUGGGCGACGGAAGUGA